AUGAUGUCCAACAACGGGUUUCCCCUAAUUUCCCCGUCGGGUUUAAUCCAAGAUCCCAAUUCAAAUCCCAAUUUAAAUCCCAAUUUCAGCAGUUUUACAGAAAACCCUAAUCCCAAUCCAAACCCUAACCCAAAUCAAUCGUCGAAGAGGAAAAGGAAUCUCCCAGGAACGCCAGAUCCAGAUGCAGAAGUGAUAGCUCUCUCUCCAAAGUCUCUAAUGGCGACCAACAGAUUCAUCUGCGAAAUCUGCAACAAGGGUUUCCAGCGCGACCAGAAUCUGCAACUACACAGACGUGGCCACAAUCUGCCAUGGAAGCUGAAGCAAAGGAGCAACAAGGAAGUGGUGAAGAAGAAGGUCUACAUUUGUCCAGAAAAGACAUGCGUCCAUCACGACCCCGCAAGAGCCCUCGGAGAUCUGACAGGAAUCAAGAAACAUUUCAGCAGAAAACAUGGCGAGAAGAAAUGGAAGUGCGAUAAAUGCUCGAAGAAAUACGCUGUCCAGUCUGACUGGAAAGCCCACACCAAGAUUUGCGGAACCAGAGAGUAUAAAUGCGACUGCGGCACUCUCUUCUCCAGAAAGGACAGCUUCAUUACGCAUAGGGCUUUCUGCGAUGCACUGGCGGAAGAGAGUGGGAGAUUAAAUCCAAUUCCGCCAUUGAAUCUGAGCUUCAGAAACGAUCGUCUGCAAUUACAAAACCCCCAAUUCAUGUAUGGAGGAGACAGCAAUCAUCAUCAAGAACAGAUGAAUUUGGAAUUGCAGGCAGGAAGACUCCCAAUGUGGCUCGACAAUUCAGGCUCUUCGUCCCACAAUUUCGUCACAACCCUGCCUGAAUUAGUGACGACCCACUGGUUCGCUACCCGACAAGAAGCUGCACCAGAGAAUAAUAAUAAUAAUAAUAUUAUUAUAAACAAUAAUAAUAAUAAUAAUAUUAAUAUUAUAAACCCAUCAUCGUCGUCAUCAGCAGGAGCAGGAGCUUCAACAUCAGCAAUGCCAAGAGUGGUAUUAAAAGAGGAGCAAGAAAGCAAAGCCAGUUUGUCCGAAGCCAUAACUUCACUUUAUUACAACAACAAUUCUUCUUCUUCUUCUGCAGCAGCAGCAGCAGCUCCAAUGUCUGCAACAGCAUUGUUGCAGAAAGCAGCCCAGAUAGGUUCUACCAGAGGCACUUCAUCUCCCUUAUUCGGCUUCGGCUUGAUGACGUCAUCCAAUUUCUUCAACGACGACCCAAUCCUCGUCGGAGAAAUUCAGAACAAGCAAAUUAGCCAAGCCGAGAGUAGCCUGACCAGAGACUUCCUAGGAGUCGGCGGCAGCCAUGAAAACGAGCUUGCCAAAUUCGCUUCGACAAUGGACAUGGCCCAUUACAGCAGGAAUCACUGAGGCUGUAAUAAAAAUUUUGAAUUCGAUUUUUUUCUUUAAAGAAAUUGUAGAACCAGAAAAGAUCGAUCUUGUGAAGUGUCAGAGGGUACACUGCAAUCUGGUAGAGACGUGACAGAAUGGUGAGGUUGGGAAUCACAAGGGAGGCCAGAAAUUCUUGUUACUGCAUGUAGAAACGAGUUCAAUUUCUAGGGUUUGAUUAUAUAUAUAUAUAUAUGUAUGUAUUUUGUAUGUAUAUCUGUUAUUGGACCACCAUGUUACUGUUUGCCUGUGAUUCAUUGGGGUCAGUACUGAACUGAUGAUAAUAUCAUGCAUGUGGAUUUUGUUUUCAAAUUUUUUUUUUAAUUUUUUUUUAAAAAAAUAGUGUUUGUUUUCAUGUGUGGAUUAGAAUCAAAAUUUGAAUUUUAAA